AUGUUUAUUUGUUGUAAAACAAAGAAUAAAAAGAUCAAGUAUAAUAACCCUUUAUUAUAUUUAUUUAGAUAACCAAUCAAUAAUGAUUCUGAAGUAAGAUCUUUCGGUAAAGAAAACGAAUAACAAGAAAAAGUUGUAAAUCAAGACCAGGAUUCCCAAUAAGACCAAAAAUCAUAAGAAGCUAACCAAACUGAAGAAUGUCAAGAAGAAAUUUAAAACGUAGUGAAUCAAAUACGAGCCUAAAGAGAAUAAGGAUAGAUCAAAGAAAGGUAUACUCUUAUAUAUAGUCAGUAUUGAUUUAGAAAAAGUGUUUGUGAAUGGAUUACUAGCAGAAGAUCUUCCUAUUGUUUAUUUUAUUGAAUAUCGUUGGGCUUUGCAUUAUACAGGAUUUCUGGGAGGAAAGAAGAAAGUUAUGCCUAAGGAGAUAAACAACAAUAAAAUAUUGACAGUUGAACACAGAAUAAAUGAUACAAUCCAUAUCACUAUAGACAAUGAUCCACAAUUACAACCUGGUAUUCAACCAGAAAGACAUUAUUCACUUUUAAAUGAAAAGACUUGGAAGUUUAUUCAUCUUCUCUAUGGAGGUGGACCUACAAUAACUAUUGAUUUAGAUAAUGCCAAAUUAUAAACUCCAUAAAAUGAAAAGUAGGAAUCACAAGUUCUCCAAGAUAAAGAAUGCUUAAUAGCUCAACCAAUAGAUAAAAUAAAUGAUGAUCCAAGUAAUUUUAAUCCUCUACAAAUUGGAACCUAAUUAGAGUUUACUAAUGAAGCAGCGACUCAUGUAACUGCUACAACAAUUUUACCUUUAAAAAUGCCAACAGAUCCUCAUAUUGAUAUUAGGUUUUCAUCCAAUAAUAUUGAGGAUAUUGAUAGCACUGCUAUAGAAAACAAUUCUAAUUAAAACAUAACUGGCAAAACUAGAAAGAUUAAAAUUUUUACAAAGAUUCCGUUAGAAUUACCAAUCAUAGGUUUUAAUAAUCCAAAGUAUAAUUGUUAUAUGAAUGCUGUACUACAAUGUUUAUUAAGUAUAUCCAAAUUUAAUAAUAAAAUUCUUAAAAUUCAAAAACAAAAGGAUAGGUAGUUUACAUCAGCCUAUCAAGAUCUAAUCAAAUUAAUAUAAGGGACUAUUCCUGGAAGUUCAAUUACAUUGGAUUUAUUGUCUUAUGUUUGUUAAUAUAAAUUUAAAGCUACUUAGUAAUAAGAUUCUCAUGAAUUUCUUUUAUUUUUAUUAUCAUAAAUCUAAGAAGAAUUAAUUGGAAAGAAAAAUACUGAAAAAAAAUAAGAAUUAGAAGCAUGGGAAGUUUAUAGAGAUAGAAAUCCAGAUAUUAUAACUGAAUUAUUUACUGGGCAAAUUGUUAUUAAAAAUUACUGUUUAAAAUGUAAAAAGACAUGUGAAGUUUAUGAUCCUAUAUUGGAUCUUAAUUUACCUAUAUAAAAUGCAAGUGGAUUAUAAGAAAUAAAAUUAAAUGAAUGUUUAUAUGGUUAUUUUAGAGAAGAGCAAAUAUUUAAUGAUUGGUAAUGUAACAAUUGUCAAUAUUAAAACAAAUUUCUCUUAAGAAAAAUUUAAAUUAAACACAAACCAUAGUUUCUAAUAAUUCAUCUAAAAAGAUUUGCUUAAUUUCCCAGAAAUCAUAAGAUAUAAAAUGACAUAUCAUAUCCUGAAUUCUUAAAUAUUAAAGAGUAAUAUUAUAUAUAUAUAAUAUUAGAUAUUGUGAUGAAAAUGUUAUUAAUCCUGAAUAUAAAUUAAAGGGAUUAAUUUCACAUUCAGGACAAAUAAAUAGUGGUCAUUAUAAGGCUUAUGCUUAAAGAUAAAAUUAAUGGUAUGAAUUUGAUGAUGACAUUGUAACAAUUGACAAAAGAAACAGGCAUUUAACUGAUAAAGGAGCAUACAUAAUCUUCUAUGAAGCAAUCUGA